AUGCCUCCCGUGACUCCCUCAAAGCGAAAACAGACUGAGACGAAUUCUAGUCCCCGGUUGCCUCGCAAUGCUAAACGCGAGAAGAAGAUCAAUGAGGCAAAGCGUGACCCUGCUCAUAAGCUGUUCGAGGGUGUACACCGAUGUUUCGGAUGCCAGAAGGCGGACAUAGAAUGUGUGGUGUUGCCAACAUAUAACAAAUGUGUAUGUUGUGCUGGCGAAUGUUCUUUUGCUCCUUCGGCAGAGACUAUGGCGGAGAUGCUCUGUCUUCAGUCAGCUGCUUCGACAAUUCGGGCUGUGAUGAGCGUCGUGGAAUCUGAUAAGACGGAUAAAGCGACUAGGAAGGCUGCAGCAGAGAGGGUAAAAGAAGCGAUGGAGUUAGUGGCAAGAGUAGCUGUUCGGUCAGGUGGAGUACUAGAUAAAAGAGGGAAGAAAGUAUACGCUAAGAUUCCUGACAGUCGAUAG